CGUUCGCCUGCUAUUGAAAAAUUAACAUCGACAUAACUUAGUUUGUGUUUGUCGUUCGCUCUGCUCGCUACAUUUUGACGCUGUCGUCGUGUGCCUUUUUUCCAAAAAAAGGGACUCAUUUGGGAGGCUAAAAAAAAACCCGACCAAUAACAAAAACAAAAACAAGAUACGAUAAUUUUUGCGACGCGUAAUAUCCCAUCUAUAUUUUAAGAAACACUUCUCUCCGGCUGCGUUAGCUGGUUUUUUCUACCAAUUUUCGUAGAGCACCAUUAAAUCAAUACCAGCCGCCAGCAGCAAGUGGUUGUCAUAAAGAGAAAUUACAAAUUUCCAAUCAGACAACCCAAAAAGUGAAAAUCCUAAAAAAAAUUACUGUGUAAUUGUACCUAAAUAAAGAAAAAUUAAAAAAAAUAUCAACCCGACAUCAUCGACUUAAUAUAGUAGGAGAGACACCAAACUCAAAAUGCUGAUUGGAUUAGUACGCGAUUCGGUGAUGCAGUGCUUCUGCCAUACGUGCAGGGCACCCGGAAUUUUGCCAGCGGUUUCGAGAAGAUCUGCGCCAAUUAAGAAAAACAAUAAAAUACGUUCUAAGCAACCGCGACUUAGCAAGAAAGUCAAAUUCAUAACCACUGAGAUUCGCUGCCAGGAGAAGUCGCGCGGUGGUCUGAGCUAUGAGGUCAUCCUGGCCGAGCCGGCACCCAAUGUGGCCGUCCCCAAGCGACCGGUCACCCCCGGCAAGAACGUCAGCGUCGAGGAGAUUGAACAGAAGUUGAAGGCUGCCGAGGAACGCCGUAUUUCUCUGGAGGCCAAGAAGAUGGCUGAUAUAUCAAACAAGCUGGCCAAGGUUGAGGAGGCCACUCGCAAAAAGGAUGAGAUUACCAAUGAAUUCAUUACUCAGACCAAGGAGCAACUCGAAUCAAAGAUGGAGUUGCAUGUGGAGAAGCGUGAGGCCAUUAUCAGUGAUUUGAAGGAGAAGCUAAAGAUCCAUUCUCAGGAAAUCGAGAAGACGCGCGAGACUUUGGAGCAGCAGAAGGCUAAUGAGCAGAAGGCCAUCGAGGAGAAGCUCAAGAUAGCCCAGUCCUUGCGCGAUGAGAAUAUCAAGAAGAUGCUGGAUCGUCUAAAGGAGCAUAACACAAUCAAAAUUGCCGAAAUCAAAUCGCAGAACGAUCAAUUGGAAUGUCAAAAGCUUGAGGAAAAGGCUCGCAUUUAUGAGAACAAAUUGUUUGCCGCCGAGCAGAAGCGUGAAAAGGAAUUGCAAAAGAAAAUUGAAAAAGUUCAAAUGCUUGAACGUCGAGCUGAGUUGGUGCGCCAAAACAAGGCCCAGUCGCAGGAUAUCGAUGGCCAGCCCAAUGCAAUUGCCUCAUCUGGUUAGAUGGGACCUUGUGGAGAAUCCAGAGAGCUGUGCAGAGCGUUAUUACUUUCGGAAAAUAAUUAAACAAGAACAACUACAGCAACAACACUGCAAACACCAACACAUUUCAGCAAGAAACCCAAUUUGCUUCAAAAAUUUCAAGUAUUAUAGAAUUUCCCUAUGCGAGCUAAGGCGCCUAACAAGAAAACAUUUAUUCAUAAACUGCAAAAAAAACGAAAAAAAAUCUCUAACAAAGAGGAUUAAGUGCAUACUGCAAAAUAAUGCAAAAUACAUUAGUAAUGGAAAUCUACAAUACAGCUCAAGCAUUAACAGAAAUUUGUGAGCUAAUCAUUCAUUAAUUUGAUUUUUGAUUUCAUUUUAAAUCUAUAAUUUUUCUUAAAUUUGAAAACCAUUUGAUUAUGUCUCUAAGAUUAUAUUCAAUUUCGUUUUUGAACUUUUUCGAUAUUAUAUAUUAAAUUAAAAAAAAAAAAAAACUUGCUACGAAUGUAUUUUGAAAUUUUUUUGCAAAUAAAAGUUGAAUUGCCAUAAUAAAUGCGUUUGCCUCAAUUGCUUUUGCGAAACCUUUAACAAUUAACAAAAUGUACCACUUAAUGAAUAUGUGAAAAUAUGUAUAAUUUAACAUUCAUAUUAAUUUAAUAACAUGCAAAAAAUAUGGAUAAACUACUUAUGUUUAAGUUCUCAUUUUUUAUCUACGAAAUAAAUGUCAAACAGAACAAAAA